ACCAGACCUUCCGCUCGGCCACACGGGCCCCCCCCUCAACCGAGCCCGCCCACCCACCUGGCACAGAGGGACCUGCACCCCAAUCUCGCCAUGAGGCUCCUGGUCAGCUGCCAGCUGGCACUGCCCCUGCUGCUGUGUGCCGUGGUCAUCGGCAGUCAAGCCAAUCACAAAACAAAUCUGCCCAAGAAAGCUUGCCAAUGCCAGAACGGAGGCGAGUGUGUGAGCUACAAGCUGUUCUCCAAGAUUCACCGCUGUAACUGUCCCAAAGGAUUCGAGGGAGAGCACUGUGAAAUAGAUUCUCGGGAACAAUGCUACAACGGCAAUGGAGAGUCCUAUCGUGGGACAGCACAUCGGGGUGAAUUUGGUCGGCAGUGUCUGCCCUGGGACUCAGUUAACGUGCUUAAAAUGCCGUUCAAUGCCAGCAGGAAAGAUGCCCUGCAGCUUGGGCUGGGCAAACACAACUAUUGCAGGAAUCCUAACCGGAAGGAGAAGCCUUGGUGCUAUGUGCAGAUUGGUCUAAGGCAGUUUGUCCGAGAUUGCGAUGUGCCCUCCUGCUCCAAAAAGAAACAAGAAUUCAAGUGUGGCCAGAGGAGAAGCAAUCAAUACUUCAAGAUUGUUGGUGGGGAAAGGAUGUCCAUCGAUUCCCAGCCCUGGAUUGCUGCCAUCUAUCGCGAGACCAAAGGGAUGGAAGAGUUCUUUUGCGGGGGCAGCCUCAUCAGUGCCUGCUGGGUCCUUAGUGCUGCUCACUGCUUCAGGGAAAUCAAAAACAACCGCUACUCUGUGUAUCUGGGGAGCAGCAAUACGAAGAGCAAGAAUGGGAGACACAGGUUUAAGGUUACCCAGGUGAUCCUGCACAAGGAGUACUACUCAGAGACCCUUUCCCACCACAAUGACAUUGCCCUGCUGAAACUGCUCUCUGAUUCUGGGGAUUGUGCCGAGCCCUCUGACAACAUCCAGACUAUCUGUCUGCCAUCUAGUAAUAGGGAACCCACCCCAGGCACAGUCUGUGAAGUGUCAGGCUACGGGAAUGAAGAUUCUCGUAAUUACAUGUACUCGAAUGACCUGAAAACGGGGAUGGUGAGUUUAAUUCCCCGACAUGUGUGCCAGCAGCCCUCCUACUAUGGCUCUGAAGUGACCAAAAAUAUGCUGUGUGCAGGAGAUCCCAAGUGGGAAACUGAUGCUUGCCAGGGAGACUCUGGGGGCCCCUUGAUCUGCCAGGAUCAAGACCGCAUGGUACUGUAUGGCAUCGUCAGCUGGGGAGAAGACUGUGCUGCAGAGAACAAGCCAGGAGUAUAUACUCGGGUUUCCCAAUACCUGCUUUGGAUCAGAAACCAUACUGGCAUCAACACCUCACUCUACUCCAGAAGGGGCUAUGGGUUCCUGUGAAGAAACCUUUGUAUGUGAAGAAACAUUCUUGGUGGCCUGGAGGUGUUGGUCUGAAGGGGGAAUGAAGUUCUGCUGCCUUACAUCUGCUCUUUCACCUUCAGCUUUGCUGAAUGGAAACAUAUUUCCUGAAGAAAUAUUUUCCCAUGGAUAUAGUACACGUACAUGUGUGUACAUGUGCAUGUAUAUAAUAUAUAUUAUAUAUAUGCAUGUAUCUAUCUAUAUAUAUAGAUAGAUAGAUACAUGUUCUUCUACCUCUGCCAGUGGUUUCUCCACAAGGACUCCAGGGAGAUUAAAUUCAGGAUUUAAAUUAAGAAGGAGAAUUGGUUUUCCCGCACUCCAAACUGGGUAGCUCCCUGCUACGUAGCUGGGCUUUGAAGGUCACUACAUUUCAGAGACUUUCAUUAAUAUAUAUAUUUUUUAAAUGAAGUACCACCCGCUGAUAACUUUUUAACCUUGAAUUCUAUAGCACAUCUGAAGAAGAGAUAGCUCUGAACCAUUUCUCUGGUGGCAGAUGAACAUUUAAUCUGUAGCCAAGGGCAAUGGGAAAACUCAAUCGGGAAGUGUAGCAAAACCCUCAACCCCUCCAAGUGGAAUUUAAUAUGCCACUGUACUGCAAAGUACAAGCCAGACCAGGCAGAGAUGGCUAUUAGGAGCCUGGGGCAAGGAGACCGGCUUGCUUAUGAGGGUUUGGUUGUAGUCAGAGAGUUGGCCAGACUAUUGAGUGGUACAGAUAUGUGUAUUGAGAGUUUCCAGCCCCACAGUUUGACUUCUUCUCAGAGCUGUCUGUUUCCUCUCCUCCUGAGGGCCUAGUCUUGUCCCUGUAAGGACACUCCAACUGUAACCCUUGCUGGGGUGUGGUGGGGGGCGGGGGAGUUUCACUCUUCCCUGUGGAACAGGGACAAAUGGAGACCCUUGACUGUGAUCAUCACAUUGUGAAUAUGGAUUAACGAUUUAGACUGAUUCCUCUUUUCUGUGAAAGGACCUCAUUUCCUAAGACUCACAGUGGCCAGUUACAUUUCUCUGUCUCACCAGCUUUUUUGUUUAAAGGACCUGCACUCUAUGUGGUGGGAGGACUAGUCCUUUAGCAUUUAAUAUUUAAUAAUUAUUUUUCUGCUGUAUUUAAUUUAUUUUUUUAUGACAUCUCAAUA